UAUCGACGAGCAGAGCAGGGCAUCCACCUCCGGGCUCCGGCGAUCUCUUUUUCGUCGGCUGGCGCCGUCUGCGUACUCUUCGCGCCUUUUGCUGAGGAUAGGUGUUGCAGCACGUUCUGCCCAGUGGAGAAUUAAGAAUCUGAUGUGGGCAAGUGGGAGCAACACGCUUCAGUACUCAUUCGACACCACGUACAGGACCAACCUAUAUGACAUGCCUUUCAGGCUGUUCAUUGGGGUUAACAAUCUCUUCCAGAGUGUGAUCCUGGCCGGUGUGCUCGUUUGUGAUGAGACUCAAGAAAGUUUCGAGUGGGUAUUCUCAGAAUUCCUUAGAAUGAUGGGUGGUUCUCCACCUGUGACCAUACUAACAGACGAAAACCGUACCAUGGAGCUGGCUAUCAAGAGCAUUAUGCCAGGCACAACACACCGGUGGUGCAAGUGGCACAUGUUGCAGAAAACAAAGUAGUCGUUGGGUGCUCUGUACACGAAGAAAAGCGAGUUCAGAGCUGAAUUUCAUAAGGUGCUGAACCAUAUGCUGACGGAAAAUGAAUUUGAGAGAGGGUGGGAAAUGUUGCUGGAAUAAGAAAUCAUGUGGCAUGUAUUCUAACAUUGUUAUGUUUUUCUUACCUUGGUGCCAUCCCUGCUAGCUUUUCUAAACAUCACCAAGGUCAUUUGUAGUUUUUAUGUAAUUACUAGUUUAGGGCAAUGUUAAUUUAGCAGUGCAGCAGAAGGCUUCCUUUGCUUCCUUUUUCAUGAUUAUUGUAUACCAGCAUCAAGUUUUUGUAUAGUUUUUUUAGGGGUAGAUUUUGUAGUGAUAUAGUUCGAUGACAUCUGUUUUCUGCUUUUCUGAGUUGAAGGCUAAUAUGUGACUAUCAUCUUAAACAAGUAUUUUUGAUAUUACUGAACCAUGAUCCAAGUCCAUGUUAUCAUUUUUCUCACUGAUUCUUCUUUUCAUGUCGAUUUAAUGUCAU